AUGACGGGCGGCAUGCUCGAUGUGAUGUGCUCUCACAACACUGCCGUGGCCUCGGUGGAGGCCACCAUGAGCUCGACCAAUAUGACCGCCGUGCUGGAGGCGGUGUGUCCCGUGAUUGGGCCCCUGGAGUGCGCGGCCACCAGCAGCGCCUGUGCGCCGGUAGUGGUUAAAACUGCUGGUCUUCCCGGCAUGAUUGGCAUGAAACCCAACUGCCUCUCUUUCGGCUACAGCACCGGCACAAACGACCGCCUAAGUAGUUUGGAGGUAGUAUUUGAUUGGUUUUUAGUUCUUUCAUGUGUCUUUUUGUUUUUGGGAAGUGCGGAGAGUCUUUAG